ACAUGUCUCGAAGCGUAAAAAAGCUCACUGGUCUCGUGGCAGCUACUUUCACACCACUUACUGCAGAAGGGGAGAUCAAUCUCUCUGUAAUUGGACCAUACAUUGAUUACCUAAUAGAAAAACAGAAUGUCAAGAGUGUGUUUGUUAACGGCACAACAGGCGAGGGCUGUUCUCUAACUGUGGACGAAAGGAAGCAGAUUGCUGCAGCUUGGUGCCAACAAGGAAAGGGCAAGCUUGAGCAAGUGAUUGUUCAUGUUGGCUGCAUGAGUAUAAAAGAUUCUCAAGAACUGGCUCGGCAUGCCGCCAGUAUAGGGGCCGACGGCAUAGCAGUAAUCUCUCCUUCCUUUUUCAAACCCAUUAAUGCAGAUGCAUUGAGGUUGUUUAUAAAGGAAGUGAGCACCUCUGCUCCAGAUGUUCCAAUGUAUUAUUAUCAUAUUCCAGGCAUGACCGGCGUUGAAUUGGAGGCAGCUGAUGUGCUAAAUGGGAUAGAGCAGAUGAUCCCCUCUUUUCAGGGAGUGAAAUACAGCGGGACUGACCUGAGGGAUCUCGGACAGUGUGUCUGUUACUGUCAGUCCCAUAACUGGUCUGUCUUGUUCGGAGUAGAUGAGCAACUCUUGGGAGCUUUGGUACUAGGUGUUCAUGGAGCAGUAGGAAGCACAUAUAACUACCUCGGACUCAUAGUGAACCAGAUGCUUUCUGCUUUUGAUAACAGCAACCUCAUGCAGUCCAGAGCCCUGCAGCUCGAAUUUAUGGAGGUCAUCACAUUUGCUAAGAACCUUGGUUUUGAUGUGGGCGUGAAUAAGCAGGUGAUGAGUGAAGUGUCAGGGUUAGUGCUGGGUCCUCCCCGACUCCCGGUGCUGCCAUGCCCCGUCUCAAAGGCCCAGGCUAUAGCACAGAAAAUCAAGGAUUUCUCUCAGAGACAUUAAAAUAAAAGUAGAAAUUUCAGUCAACCUACAUGAAAUUGCAAAAAAAAAAAAAAGUUAGUAUUGUUAUCGAGCUGUAAACUGUUCUUUACACUACAGUUUUUUGAUGUACUGUAUCUUAUAUUUGCAUGCUUUUUACAUUUCAUACAUUAGAUUUGAUUUUCCUUUUUUAUAAUAUUAACAAAUAUAUUAAAUCUGU